AUGAUAACAAGUCGAACACUAGAAACGAGAUGCGUAAAGGCAGAUAGAGCUCUCCUCUCGCUCGUAGCACCAGGUCGAAGCGGAGAGGAUGGAGGAGUCCGAAGAUUGGGACCCCAUUAUCGACUGCCAUGGCAGUCAAUGGUCGCUGUGGUGUUGAAUUCCACUAGCAACCCUGUCCAGGACGAGUGCACCAGCGCUUCUCAACGGCUAGAAGAGGAGCUGGCUGGGGUUCUGGGAUGGCAACGGCCCAUGCGAAAGCGGACACCAAUGCAAGGAAAACCACAACGAGCUUCAUGUCUGUUGAUGGGGACUAAGAUACAGAAGUUUUGGUAG